AAAUUACCUACUCCUGUCGGGGUUACUUCCACAAACAGUUUAUCAACAACCACACCCACAUAUGUUCCAACCACCAAUGCUUGGUCGCCAGUUGGACCCACUAUCCUAUCAGUGACCAACACCUCCAGCAGCACAACUCCACACGCCCGAGAAAACCUCCAGCUCCAGCUACAACAGCAGCUCGGACAGUCGCAAAUCCAGUCGGCUACUUUGUUGUCCACCACAAGUACGGCAACAGCCGGCAGCCAAUCACAGACCCUCGUCAUCCAGGCUUCAAACCAGAUCCACACGACGACGACAACGGCCACUUCUACUACUGCAUCGACACAGGUGACUGUGUCCACAUCAACAGUGUCCACAGCAAACAGUCAACAACCAAAGAAAUUACUGCUGAUGAAAGAACAUGUUUCUGAAGCCAAGGAAAUGUUCAGCACAUCCAACAAAGUGACUCGACCAGAGAAAGCAUUGAUCCUAGCGUUUAUGGCCGGAUCACGAGUUAACCCAUGUCCUGAGCAAGGAGAUAUCAUUAGUAUACGCCUCAGUGAAAACGAGGAGAUCCGAACACAACCAGAAGGUACGAAGAAGGUUACCGUGGAGACCUUCUUCCAAAUGAACUAUGUCACCGGUGAAUGGAAACGUGUUAGUAAAACACACUAA